CAGGACCUCAUCGACAUCUCGCUUUCCAGCCUGCAGGGGCUCCGCACCAAAUGCGCGGCGUCCAACGACCUCACCCAGCAUGAGAUCCGCACCUUGGAGGUGAAACUUGUCCGCUACAUUGGCAUACAGCUGCAGUGUAAGUUGAGUGUCCCCCUAAAUGACAGGACGGUCGAGUUGAACAGCUACCCAAGGCUUAGCGACUGGCUGUAUCUCGUCAAUGUGAGAAAAGACAUCAUCCAGAGGAUACCAAAGGAGCUGACUCUCGAUGCCUUCCUUGAAAUGAACGAGUCGAAAGUGAAGGACACCAUGAAGAGGUGUGGGGCCAACGCCGAGGAAUGCUCCCGACUCAAUGGCGCCUUGGCCUGCUUGAGGAGCGCAACCAGAACAGGCAGCGAGUACAAAGACGACCUGGUGUGGAAUCCGUCAGACGUGCGCCGUGAGAACAGCUUGAUCCCGCCUUCCGAGCUUUCCCCCUGCUCCACGACGCUCACGUGGACCCACGGCAACCUGGCCCUUUUGAAGGGCAACGGCACGCAACCCCGCUCCGUUUCUGUGUCGACAAUCCCUCAUUCGGACUGCCUCCCCGCCUCCUAUGGCCCAGGCACGCCUGGCUGCCCGGGCACUGAGAACCUCUUGGAAUCCUUUGCUUUCCCCACCCAUUGCGGGCGACGCAACCUGAGGACUCCCCACAGCAUCACCAUCACACCCCCCACGACGCCCCAGCUCAAGAGGGGGAAGCCUCCCCGGACCCCUCCCCCUCCCAGCCGGAAGGUUUUCCAGCUCCUGCCUAACUUCCCGACUCUCACGAGGAGCAAGUCCCAUGAAUCUCAGCUCGGCAACAGGAUAGACGAAGUUCCUCCCGUGAAAUUUGAUCUCCCCCAGGGAUCUCCUCAAAUGGUACGAAGAGAUAUUGGCCUGUCUGUAACACACAGGUUCUCUACCAAAUCUUGGCUCUCUCAGGUGUGCCAAGUAUGUCAAAAAAGCAUGAUGUUUGGAGUGAAGUGCAAGCACUGCAGAUUAAAGUGUCAUAACAAAUGUACAAAAGAAGCCCCACCCUGUAGAAUAUCUUUCUUACCCAUAGUACCACGAUUAAGACGGACGGAGUCUGUCCCUUCCGAUAUAAAUAACCCGGUGGACCGGCCUUCGGAGCCGCAGUUUGGGACCCUCCCAAAAGCACUAACUAAAAAGGAGCAUCCCCCAGCCAUGAAUCACCUUGAUUCAAGCAGCAACCCGUCUUCCACCACCUCUUCCACUCCGUCGUCUCCUGCCCCUUUCCCGUCUUCGAACCCUCCCAGUGCCACGCCACCCCCCAACCAGUCUCCCAUGGGCCAGCGGGACAGCCGGUUCAACUUUCCAGCUGCCUACUACAUUCAGCAUAGACAACAGUUUAUCUUCCCAGAAAUUCCCAGUGUCCCACAAGUGACGCAGCCUCCUGAACCUGCUGAAUGUACUAAUGCCAAUGAACACAUAGCGGCGGAUGGGAUUGAGGAACGUGAAGCAGAGCACGUGGAAGGCCAAGAGUCAAAUAAGUCAGAACCGGAAGAUGAUGAAGAUGAGAUUGACGACCUGCCGAGCCGGCGAAGCCGCUGGCGAGGGAUGAUCUCCCGCAAGGCCAGCCAGACGAGCGUCUACCUGCAAGAAUGGGACAUACCUUUUGAGCAGAUUGAACUGGGUGACCCCAUUGGCCAGGGGAGGUGGGGCAAGGUUUAUCGGGGCAAAUGGCACGGAGAGGUGGCCAUCCGGUUGCUGGAAAUCGAUGGGAACAAUCAGGACCACCUGAAGCUUUUCAAGAAGGAAGUGAUGAAUUACAGACAGACCAGACAUGAGAAUGUGGUGCUUUUCAUGGGGGCCUGCAUGAACCCCCCUCAUCUAGCAAUUAUUACAAGCUUCUGCAAAGGAAGGACACUUCACUCAUUUGUAAGGGACCCCAAGAUAUCCUUAGAUAUUAACAAGACCAGACAGAUAGCCCAAGAGAUCAUUAAGGGCAUGGGGUACCUUCACGCAAAAGGGAUUGUGCAUAAAGAUCUCAAAUCGAAGAAUGUUUUCUAUGAAAAUGGGAAAGUUGUCAUCACAGACUUUGGUCUGUUCGGAAUUUCCGGCGUGGUCCAGGAGGGAAGGCGUGAGAACGAGUUGAAACUGCCCCACGACUGGCUGUGCUACCUGGCCCCAGAGAUUGUCCGUGAGAUGGCUCCUGGGAAGGACGAAGAUAAGCUUCCUUUCUCUAAGGCUGCUGAUGUCUAUGCUUUUGGGACCGUGUGGUACGAGCUGCAAGCUAGAGAGUGGCCGUAUAAGAACCAGGCAGCUGAGGCCCUGAUCUGGCAGAUUGGGAGCGGCGAAGGAAUGAAGCAAGUCCUCUCGGCAAGCAGCCUCGGGAAAGAAGUUGGCGAAAUCCUUGCGGCGUGCUGGUCUUUGGAUGUCAGCGAGCGGCCCAGCUUCACACUUCUGAUGGAAAUGCUUGAAAAACUGCCAAAGCUCAACCGGAGGCUCUCUCAUCCGGGACACUUCUGGAAAUCCGCCGACAUUAACAGUAGCAAGGUUUCCAUCCGGUUCGAACGGUUUGCCUUGGGCGACUUGGAGUCAAAUAAUCAAAAGAUAUAACUUGGUGUGUGUUUUAAUGGUCCUUGAUUCCUGGUUUCUGUCUGUGUCGUUUGCUGACCUGGAAAAAGCUGCUGGAGAACUCGGCAGAAGCUCCCUCAAUUCCUGAAAGGGGACAGUGAGCCUUCCCCGACCCGGCGAUAUUUCAUUUAGACUUUUGUUAUCUUAAUUUCUGACACCUCAAGUCAGCAACUUUACUUUUAAAAUGUUUACAUACUGAUCUUCCUCCUGUGCGGAUUCUGUUUUUCAUGGCUAAUAAUAAAUGUGAUGCAAGAUUUUUAAUUUAGAAAUGGAAAUGUUUUUCAAAUGGAGCUGUUGUAAGCCAUCUUGAUUUAUAAAGCUUCAUUUCGUCGACGAGGAAGCUAUGAGGUUUUGAAGCCUUGCCCACGAAGGGUUUGAAGUUGAAGGGGCUUGUCUGCAUAGACAUUUAAGCCAUUUUGGAAUUGCCUCCAGUUUCGCUCGAAAAAGGCUGGGAAUGGUCAUUUUUGUGAAUGUUUGGAAAAUUCUGUUUUCAGGAAGAUGUCAUUACACUCUUCUCUGUUGUAGAAUUAUAGGCGUUCGGCAGAGUUUGGAAAUGAUUUAAAUUGACUGUGUGGACAAUUGCUCUGAAAAGGCAGAGAAAGAGUGAAGCCGAAGUACUUCUCUCAGAAAUGGAACAGGUUGUUAUGAGCAGGAACUGAGUUUUGUCAGAGGUUCCAAGUGCGAAAUGUAUUGUAUGGCACAGAAGCUAAGAUCUUGGUUGGGAAUAUUACUGAACACAACUUUCUACCUCUCGUUAUUUUGUGGGCGGGGUGGGAUACCUUGAAGCCACAUGGACAGCAUCUAAGAGACCACAGAGGUGUGUAGAGAGGGCUUCCUGGCUCUCUCACCGCUUGUAACCACUAGACUCCUCUCAGGACAGAGGCUGGAGAACCUGUGGUCCUCUAGAGCAGUGGUUCCCAACCUUGGGUAACCCAGGUGUUCUUGGACUGCAACUCCCAGAAAACCUCAGGCA